AUCGCACGUAGCCAUAGCUGUAGGAAGCCAUUCAUGCACGCAUGUGCACGCAUGCUAUCAGUGAACUUAGUUGUCCUCUCUAAAAGUGUGGAGGCUGUAUCAGGAUAUUACAUGUUGUUCGCGAAGUCGCGAUACUGAGCGUGUGUUAUUCAGUGAUCAGUUCAUAUUACGAAGAUAUUUUCCGUACCUAAGAUCCGAUCUGGUUCACCGAUAGUACCUGACUUCAGCAAGGCACCCGAUGUUGCGGUGAGGCUAAAUUUUCAAAGUUCAAGAAAUCGGCCGAAUUUUGUCAGCCAUUGUUGUGAUUGAGGUGAAAACUUGAUACACGUAAAGACAUCAUACCAGUACUAAAUUGUUGUCGAGUUCGUGCGCAUGCGCACUUUACAUUACGCAAAGAAAUGUUGUUAUUUGAAAUGAAAAAAUGAAACACUCUUCGGCGAAUCGUUGCGGCAUGAUGUACCCUGUGUUGUACUCACUGGUAAGCAAAAAUUUUACCUCGCGAAGGUAAAAGGAUAUUGCGUGCUUAUCGAAGAAAGAAAUUAAUGUCAGAAGCAAUCGAGGAUCGAGCACUAAGGUUAUACUCAACAGCUGAUAGGAUGAAGAAUGCCAGGGCCAAAGAGACAGAAGAGCAGGCCGCUCUUAGAAGGAUGCAAGAAGCACAGAGAAUGGCCAGGCACCGUGCGAAGAAGAAGAGAUGUCUUGACGAAAACUUAGCCAGAGAAAUAUCGAAAAUUGCAGAGCUUUCAAAAAUCCCAGACGCAGCGACCAUUGCUCAGAUGUCAGAGAUGAAUAUGAAUAAAAUUUCGGCAGAGUUGAAGCAGAUGAUGGAAAGGGGUAAAGUGCCGGAGCAUAUAGUUCAAAUGGCUCAGCUUGCUGAAUUUAGCAAAAUGACAGAAUUACAUAAGAUCUCAGCCGACAUGGGAAAGCGGUACGAGAUGGAGAAGAUGGCAGAGUACGCCAAGACAGCGGAAUACAUGAAAAUGCAGGAAAUAGCUAAAAUGAGCGAAAUGGUGAAGCUGUCAGAGAUGGCAAAGUAUAACGAUAUGUCGAAAAUGAAUGAGAUUGCUAAGAUGAAUGAAUUGAUGAAAAUAUCUCAGAUGGCUAAAAUCAACGAGGUUCAACGGAUGAAUGAGAUAGCAAAGCUGAACGAAAUGGUCAAAAUGACUGAGAUGGCGAAGUACAACAAUGACAUCGCCAAACUAACAGAAAUAGCUCAGAUUAAUGAAGUUGCCAAGGAAAUUGCCAAAAUGAAUGAGAAGACAAAAAUGAAUGAGAUGAUGAAGUUAGCUAAUGUUCAGAACGACAUUACAAAAAUGCCCGAGUACUCUAAAAUGGCAGAAAUGGCCAAGCUCACUGAACUUGCCAAGCUCAACGAAAUAACAAUUACAAAAUUGAAUGACCCUAUUCCACCUAAGAUCCACGAUAUUCCUCGUAUUCCGGAGCCUGUAAUUAAUGUACCUAACCCACGCAACCUGCAGAGUGUUCAAACUGUUCAAACCGCUCAAGCCAGCCCUUCGAGCACUAUAAACUUUCCGUCGGUGCCUGGGCAAGGGAAGUAUGCCCAGCUCUUGGUGAUAAUAGAAGAACUUGGACGAGACAUCCGCCUCUCGUAUGCUGGGAGCCGCAGUGCCGCAGAACGGCUUAAAAUGGGUAUUCAACAUGCACGGAUUCUUGUUCGUGAAUGCCUCCUUGAAACUGAGCACAAUGCUAGACAAUGAUAAAUUAAAAUUCAUAACCGAUACCCGGUUCGUAUUACUGUGCGAUACCCGUGCUGUAAUGCUUACAACAAAUCAAUUAAAAUUCAAUUUUACAUUCUUUACUGUUUAGGUAAAUAUUAUUUUUAUCAGGGCCACAGGGGCGUUCCUUAAUCCAGUUGAGUUGGCUUAUCUAAAUCUGCUACACUUGUGUUUGAUUUUAAUUCUGUGGGAACGUACCUUUAUGUGAGCUAUGGAACCAAUUGUAUACAAUUUCACAUCUACCCUUAAAAUUUUCAUUUAUUAUUCAGGGUGCCUUAGAAUUGCGUACUAUAAAGUAUCAUUCUCGAGUCAAAGGUUAGCAAAAGAGGUUCUUACAAACUCAAUCUUUAAUUGUUCCAGGGUAUAUUGAGCAGAUUUAAUUAUCAAAAGCAACAAAUGUUUGCAUUCGGUGCACAUGCGUAACUCCUCAUCACAAUUUCCUGUCGAUAAACAAUGUGUAGUAACAAUCCCAAAAACAUGAGCAUUUGUGAUAAAUCGUAAUACCUUUACAUCCAAAUUUUUACAGUUUUCCGUAUAACAUUCAGUACUUGUCAAUCUACAAAGAUUUUCAUUAGUAGAAAAUCUGCAAAAAAUCGUGCACAUGGACUGCAACCUUAUAAUAUAUAUAUAUACGUAUUACCCUUGGUAAUUUAUCCUGUAAAUAAAAGGGGGUAUUUAUUUAGAUCUGAGAUGUCCAAAAGAAAUAUGUUGAUCAAUACCCUUCCAAUAAUACAGUUUAGUGGUGUGUUGAGGUAUAAUAUUGAAUGUUGCUGCCUAAGCUAGUGACGAAACAGCUUGGAUCAACCACUCUUUAAAUUUAAGUAAUUUUCAUCUUCAGUUGAUUAGAUGAAACGCCAUUGCGAGUUGUACACAGAUCCUUCUGAUAAGCCAAGUUUCACUUGAAAAAACAAUACUAGGUCAAUAAAUAAGUGAGCUUCACAAGUUUAUAAAAUCAGAGACUGGUUAUCUGAGUGAUUAUUUGGCGCAUCAAAAAUUCUGUUGUCAUCUGAUCAAAGAGUGUUUUGUAAGCAAUAUUAGAAAUUAAUUCUUACAUGAUUAUAGUUUAAGGGACUAACUGAUUACGAUAAUAAAACAUUGUUAUUGCAGACUUGACUCAACGCACCUUAAUUAUUACAGAUAUAUACCUUUUUCAUAGGCAAUGGAUAAUUUUUGUCAAAUCUUAAAAUAAAAUAUGGCUUAGUUGUUGCAGAUAUAUUCCCCUUGAGUCAUUUAUGUAGUUUAUAAAAUAUACAACUUAGGCAUUGUUUAGGGAGAUUUCGGGUCGUACGGUGGUGUUCAAUUCCGUUGAAAUAGGUUUUUGAAAGGUGAGCAAACCAUGAAAUGUCAUGUUUCUCAUUAUUCUCAUGAAAAUGACCUUAAUUAGGUAACAAUUAUUUGUUUAAAGAAUCGAGAUCGGGACCUUUACUGUCAGGCGCGAAUCUUCUGUUGGGCCUUAAUUCGACUGUACCUUUUUUUGAACGUCACCUGUAAAGUACGAAAAGUCUGAAAAGCGCGGGCUUUUUUUUUUCUGCUAACUUCUGCUUCAUUUAUUCUUCACCAUACUUCAAUGUACCUUCCAUACUUCACCUUCCGACAACUAAGCCAUACCCAAUUGCGAGGUUGGCCAUGCUCAUUUUCUCUACCUUCAACAUGGCAUUAGAGAAUGAAAUUAUUCAAUUAUUAUGCCAAGAAAGUUUGUAUCUGAAACAAAGCAUGUAGAAGUAUCUUGCCUUUUCUGAAAUAGGGGGUGGGGAUACAAAGAAUGUUUAUAUAAGAUAUUAAAAUAUACCAAUUGCUACUUCACUUGAUAAUAAAUUUAAUUUUACAAUGUUUCUCAUCCCGAUUAUUAUCAUGGUUUGUAGAUGCAGUAACAGAUAGUAUAGUACUAUUCGGUAUUUUUUAAACUACCAAAGUUUAGCCGUGAUUGUUUAAGUUUGCGAGCAAUCUUUUAUUAAUACAGUCUGUCUGAUCUCAGGUUUUCGUAUAUUUUUGUAAUUGGUGAAAACGUUAAUUCUCAUUAUUUUUAUCUCACGUAAGUAUUACACUAGAGAAGGGCAAGAUAGCUUUAUGAUACAAAUACAUGCAAUUACACGUAAAUGAGCCAAUCCAUGAAUCUUCAGCCAGCUUUCUAGGGUAAAGAUUUCGAUUUAGCCGACAUUUGGUUACGUUGUAUGUGGUCAUCCAUAGUCAUCGGUAACCGGGAAAUGUGAGGGAAUUUCAAUCUUGGCCAGAGAAAAAGAGAUGACCAAACAUCUGAUAAAUGGCUGGAAAGAAAAUUAAAAAAUUCUCAUGGUAUUAUUGAAAAAAAAAAAAAUUUGGGGCAACCAGACACGACAGAAGUGAAGCAUACAAUUUCCUAAUCAACUUACAUUGAAAUGAAGAAUUGGAGGUAUUUCAAUUGGUGAUUCGAAGCACUAAUGAAGGCAAUAACAACUUUGGUCAGGGAAAAGUGUGAGAAUUUUUUUUUCCUAAAAAUGUGACCACCAUGAGUGUACACUGAGAUAUGAAAACUUUUCGGAUCUUAGGUCCCCAAGCCUCAGCGUUUACGAAAGACACGUUGGUCAAUUUUAUUUAUUUUUUCGAACUAGACCGUUGUCUUCGAAUUUUUAGUCCUUCCUGUCGUCUGAAAUAUAAUGAACUCAUUUUUGUGUGAAAAAAGCAGAUUUUUUCGUAUCCAAGAUUUAUUUUAAGGUGGAUCAUCCGAAAGGGCCAAAAAUUUAGAUUUAUUUGAGAUGUUGGUAAUUGUGUACCGAUAUACUCCAAAGUGUGUACUUUCUCACACGAAAAAAUUAAAACAAAAAUUGUUGAUGAAAAAAAAUGUGAAUUCCGUAAAUUCAAGAUCUCUUCCUAUUUUCAUCCCACUGUCAAAAGUUCAAGUUAAUCAAAAGUUUUAGGAUGUUCUUAAAUAUGUCUACUUUCUGGAACAAACAAAUUAAAAUAAUUUAUUUUUCUAACCUUUGCAUAUGCAGGACACAAUAUGUGAAAAAACGUCUUAUUUCGUAUUUCUUGAGAAUCAUCUAAAAAUAGAUUUCAGAUUCGUAAAGAUCAAACUUUUUGAUACACAAAAUACAUUACGUCAUAUCUUUUGCAAUGAAAGGAAGUGCUAAAACUCGAGAACAAAGCUUCAAUUUAAAACUGGUAAAUUUGAUGAACAUAUUUCCCGUAAACGGUAGGCCAAUAUACCAAAAAAUUGGAGGAUUUUUAUAUAAUAUACUAGAAGAUAUUCAAGUUACAGAAAAAUUUGAAUUUUGAGCUCAGAAAGCUAGCCAGAGGUUCAUGGAUCGGUCUAAAUAUAAUUACUCAAGAUCCGGUCUCCCUAUUCUGGACUUGAAAAUAUAUAUUUAUACAUGUAUAAAUGAUUCAAAACAACUAGAAUAUGUUUAUGUAAUAUGCGACUGAACCUCACGUUAAUCAAGUCCCUAUAACAAUAAUUACUUUAUUAAUAUGUAGUUGUAAAGGAGGUUUUCGAACUUGUCACACUCAAUGUUCAUUAUCACAAUUGACGCCUGAUAAAUUCCACUUUUUUCGAUUCGAAUUUUACUCUCUCUAAAAUUCCCACUGGCGUUUGGAAACCUGUAGAAGCAUAACUUGUCUCCUACCAUUACUCUCUGUAACACUUGAGACUAUUGGAACUAGUUUCCACUUAUCUUCCACAAGUCUAAAGAAUUUGUAGGGAGUUUAUUGUAACCUUAACCCGUAGUAACCACACCUCCAUUGAGGAUACAUACCAACCACUAGUAUGAUUUAGGAUUUUGCAUUUUCAGAGUACUACAACUCGUACAGAUAAUCCAAAAGUAUUCAAUAAUCAAUAUUUCUUGGAAUAAAAAUUCCCCAAAAAUCCAAUACGAAAUCUCAAAUACAAAAAAAUAAUAUUGUUGUAGUGAAAAUGCGUCGAAAUCUAAUCGAACAGGUUCAAAAAUCAUUUUUUGGCUGAAAUGUACUCGACGAAAAUAAUAUUUUAUAAACAUUACAGACCAUCGAAGAUUUUUAAGUGUGUUUGAACAUAGCUACCCUAUAUUUUUUGAAAGGUAAAGAAAUCAGUACAUGGUUUAUUUGUGAUGACAAAACAUGUUUCUUUAUUUUUUUCUUUUUGUAGAAAAUAUUACAAAAAUUGAAAUGUUUCUGUUCGCUUGUAGGUAUACCUUAAUUUACAUCAUCAGCGCACUCGAUGCAAAGUCCGCAUCUGUGGCUGUCAGAAAUGCGACCUGAUUUCGACUAACAAAGUAGAAAUUAUAAAAAUUUGCAUAUUUUCGUGCUAGAAACUAAAAAUUAUGUUCAAAUACUUACAUUCAACAUUUUUUCCGUAAAAAAAUACGACAUUUUUGUUUUCAUCGCGCGCCUACUUUUCAAACGUCCGAUUUUAAAACGAAUGACACCAAGACAUUGCGCAGGUGUCUGUCCAGCCCAGGGUGAUAACAUAUUUGUCAUGAUGGGGAGAGAUCUUUAUGGAAAGCCGUUAAAAAGAGCCACGAACAAGAAAUUUUAGGUAAUGCGAAUUUGCACUGGUGUAGUUACUACGGGUUUAAAACUUCUCAGUCGGUGAAAAAAGUUUAGUUUACAAAAUGAAAUUGGAACCAUAAGUCGAACACAACACUGUCAGAAUCUUCAAAAAAUCGCCAUCAACUGUUUACCGUAAUGGAAAGUUUAUACAAAUAAAAAUUUGUGAUAUUUAGAAAAGUGUUCUGCAAGUAAGCACACUUUGAAAUUAUCGUGCCGCAAUUGAAGCAAGACCUCUUAUACACAUAGAAUACUAUAUUUAAAACUACAUCAUUUCUAAACGUGCUUCCUAAAUUCGUUGAAACGGUUGAAAUGAUUCUAUGAUACUGAUAUUUUGUACACAUUUUCCGUUCAAUUUUCUUUGCGAAAUAUUAAAACAAUCACAGAAAACAGAUAUUAAUUUCACACCAUUUUACUUUUGAGCUCAAUUACUUGAAUUAUACAGCCAGAUUUAUUCCUAAAAUGAUCUGCAAGGAGUGAACUGUUUUAAUAUGCUAACGUUACAUGAUAAAAUAAUCAUGCCUACAAUUUCUUAUGUACUUUACCAAGUUUUUCACUCACACGCAGUUCGGGAACACCCUAUUUGGGCUGAUCAAUAAAUAGACAUUGUCUUAGGUCUGUCUAAUUGAUCGAUAUUAUGUAUCCGUAUGAAGUAGAAAGUUAAGCUAUUCGUAAAUAAACUUACCGAUUUUCUA